UGCAAUUCUUUUAACAAUAAUAAGGGGGCAGAAAUUGAAGCAAGUGGGAAAGUAUUGGAAAGUGCAUCAAAUUCCAAAUCACCUCUCUGAAGAAAUGGCAUUGCCAAACACAUUCACUUUCUCACCGCCAUCUCUCAAUCCCUUCAAGCCUUCAUCUUCAUCAUCGUCUUAUAUAAUCAAAUUCUUCGCUUCCUCCUUCCCCGUUCCCAGAACAACAAUCACCACCCCGAACGCAUUUUCUUUCAACACUGGCCCAAUCAGGCCCAAUAUCAGUUCAAUCCGUGCCACGUCAUCAUCCUCAUCGUCGUCGUCUUCUUCUUCUUCUUCCUUUGGCUCCCGACUCGAAGAGACCAUCAAGAAAACCGUUUCGGGCAACCCUGUCGUCGUUUAUUCCAAAACAUGGUGCUCGUAUUCUUCUGAGGUGAAAGCGUUGUUCAAGAAGCUCGGCGUGGAACCAUUGGUCUUCGAAUUGGACGAAAUGGGUCCACAAGGGCCACAGUUGCAGAAGGUGUUGGAAAGGCUUACAGGGCAACAUACUGUGCCAAAUGUAUUUAUCGGAGGCAAACAUAUUGGUGGCUGUACAGAUACACUGAAGUUGUACCGGAAGGGCGAACUUGAACCGUUGCUAUCAGAAGCUACCGCUAAAGGCAAAGACUGAUAUCGUCCUAGAGGGAAUCUGAUCCUAUUUCCAUUUUGUUUCCUUUGGCCAAUGCUGUCCUCUCAUGUUUGUCACACCUUGGUGGAAAGCAUUGCAUCUUCAUAAAUCUGCAUUGAAAGGGGUUCUAGAACUUAAAGUUGCACCUAAGGUGGUGACUGUGCUGGAAGACUUAUAUUAUUCUUCUUAGUUAGGUAAUAAAUUAAUAAUUGAAAAGACUUACAUUUAAACGACUUUUCUGAACGCAUAAUAACAUUGUUUGAUUCAUGAAAACAACACCUACUAAUAGGAAAUGGCGCUGUUGCCGUAGUGAAGUCUAGUAUCCUUCUCAACCUUUUAUAUUCUUGUUCAUAUCACUAUUAUUCAUGGACAAAGUCAUUCAAAUUCUGUUUA